AUGAAGGUUUUGUCCCACCCAGUUAAUGUUCUUGACAAUUUCAAUUACAUCAAACAGUGCAAAUCCACAUCAAGAAAUUUCACUGCAAUUCCCGUCGUUGAUUUUUUAGAUCCUGAUGCGAAAACUGAGAUUGUUGAGGCAUGCAAAGAGUUCGGAUUCUUCAAAGUGAUUAACCAUGGUGUUUCAAUGGAGUUCAUGGAGAAAAUAGAGUCUGAAGCUGUCAAGUUUUUCAAUUUACCCCAGGUAGAUAAAGAAAAAUCUGGACCUCCUCACCCUUUUGGUUAUGGUGACAAGAAAAUUGGUCCCAAUGGUGAUAUGGGUUGGGUUGAGUAUCUUCUCUUUGGAGCAGGCCCAGAAAUCUUUUCAAAGAAUGCUCAAGUGAUUCUUCCCGGAAUUUCAGAAAGUUUAUGGUCUCUUGUGAAUGACUAUGUUUUAGCAGUAAGAAACAUAAUGUGUGAAGUUCUCGAAAUGAUAGCGGAAGAACUGAAAAUAGGGCCAAAGGACGUUUUGAGUAGGCUGAUAAAGGAUGAGAAAAGCGAUUUUUGUUUUCGGGUAAACCACUAUCCACCAUGCCCAGAGCUUCAAUCAUUGAAUGGUUUGAUAGGUUUUGGAGAACAUACAGACCCACAAAUAUUAUCUGUUGUAAGAUCUAACAACACAUCAGGCCUCGAAAUAUGUCUCAAAGAUGGUACAUGGGUCUCCGUCCCACCUGAUCACUCCUCUUUUUUCUUCAACGUCGGUGAUUCAUUGCAGGUAAUCACCAAUGGCAGGUUCAGGAGUGUGAAGCAUAGAGUAUUGGCUCCUAGCUUAAAAUCAAGAGUUUCGAUGGUAUAUUUUGGAGGGCCACCUUUGAGUGAAAAGAUUACUGCUUUAUCAUCGUUAAUGGAUGAUGGAGAAGAAGAAUUGUACGAGGAAUUUACAUGGUCCGAGUACAAGAAAUCAGCUUACAAGACAAGGUUGGGAGAAAAUAGGCUGGGGCGUUUUGAAAAAUCACAUGAUCGAACUCAAAUCCCAAAAAUAGUUUAA